AUGUUGAGGUGCUUUGGUUUGAAUGUGAGAACAUCUAGUGGAUGGAUAUUACAGCUUGUUCCAACUAAUUCAAACACCACUAGUGACAUCUGCUGGUGUACUGCUGUAGGAGAUCAGUCCAUUUAGCAAGUACAGUAUAAAUACAUGUGACCUCAAACAAAAAUACUUUAUUCCACAAUGAAACAAGAAGACAAUACAAGACCACUUCAAAGUUGAUACAGAGAAUGAAUCUUAUCUGACUUAUUGCAUACAGAUACUACUGCAUUUGAUAAUCAGUUAAUCUGACGUCACCAAGGCUUAAAACAGGCCAUUCAACAGACUGUUGAUUAGAAUAUGUGGUCAAUUAACACCCUACAGACACUAGUCUGGUGGUAAUGGAGCCAGUAACCUGACCUUGUCUGUCAAUGGCUUAGUAGCAGUGCUCUGUCACACUGGCCUGUCAACCUCUCUGCACGGCUAUUUAUAACACACAGACACACUGCAGAAGCUGAUCAGAACGGUAAGACAGUAGUCAGAUGCGCUUACUAACGUAGCACAGACUGACAGAGACAGAGGGACACAAAGAGAACCAGAGGGUGAGUGGGGGGUGAUUCUGCUUAUGUAUCUGUUUCAGUUUUAUAUGAAAUAUUACUGGGAUGUAUUUUGGUACAUUUGCUGCGCUACUAUGAUAAGAACAUGUGUGUUUAUGUCUAUGAGUUAGAUUAAUACUGUUUUAAAGUGGUCAAGGACACAAGAGAUGUGGACAGAAUAAUAGGAUUAUUUCAGGAGAUGUAAAGGUCAUGCCUAUGGCCUUAAUUAAGAGUUUGCAACUUUAUGUUUUCUGUGGAGGAUAUACAAUGUAACGCUUGUUAUUGUCUCUGCCAGUGGAGGCUGCUGAGGGGAGGACGGCUCAUAAUAAUGGCUGGAACGGAUCAAAUGGAAUGGCAUCCAACACAUGGAAACCAUGGAAACCAUGAGUUUGAUGUUGUUCAUACCUUUCCCACCUAUUCCGCUCCUCCCAUUACCACGUGCCCCUCCUCCCCAAUGAAUGUGCCACCAGCCUCCUGUGGUCUCUGCCUUUGGUUCCAAGUAUACGUUCCCAUUGAUCUAUUUUCAUUGAUUUACUUUUUCAGAUGGUGAAAUUCUUCUGAACUGAUACAAUUUGUCGAUAUGGUGAGUGUAUUUGAUAAGAUCUCGGUGUCAAACUACAAAGUUCAUCAUCAAACUACAAAGUUCACCAAUCCCACACUGUAGGAUAUUCAACAUGAUUAUCAAAUAUUACACAACCCCCCCCCCACAACAUAACCCUAACCCCCCCCCCCCCCCGAAAAAAACAGUAUUCCUGACACUGAUACAUCACCUCUCUCUCCCUCCGUAGGUGAAUGGCAGUAUGCCCCCCGAGCCUGAUACAUCACCUCUCUCUCCCUCCGUAGGUGAAUGGCAGUAUGCCCCCCGAGCCUGAUACAUCACCUCUCUCUCCCUCCGUAGGUGAAUGGCAGUAUGCCCCCCGAGCCUGAUACAUCACCUCUCUCUCCCUCCGUAGGUGAAUGGCAGUAUGCCCCCCGAGCCUGAUACAUCACCUCUCUCUCCCUCCGUAGGUGAAUGGCAGUAUGCCCCCCGAGCCUGAUACAUCACCUCUCUCUCCCUCCGUAGGUGAAUGGCAGUAUGCCCCCCGAGCCUGAUACAUCACCUCUCUCUCCCUCCGUAGGUGAAUGGCAGUAUGCCCCCCGAGCCUGAUACAUCACCUCUCUCUCCCUCCGUAGGUGAAUGGCAGUAUGCCCCCCGAGCCUGAUACAUCACCUCUCUCUCCCUCCGUAGGUGAAUGGCAGUAUGCCCCCCGAGCCUGAUACAUCACCUCUCUCUCCCUCCGUAGGUGAAUGGCAGUAUGCCCCCCGAGCCUGAUACAUCACCUCUCUCUCCCUCCGUAGGUGAAUGGCAGUCUGCCCCCCGAGGGGCUCCAUCAGCACUGUGAGAGCUGUUUCAGCCUGCACUGCCAUGCCCCCUCUGUCUCCUGCCUGGUCAUUACGUGCCGUCUGCAUUGUGGCGCUGCCUUCCAUACGUGUAAGAAGAAGGAGCACCAGUUACUGUGUCCCAAUGAGAUGGUCCCCUGCCUCAACGUUGACUACGGCUGUCCCAACACCAUGCUCCGCCACAGGCUAGCCGAGCACCUGGAGGUCUGCCCCGCCAGCACCGUCAUCUGCUCCCAGCAAUGGAUCCGCUUCCCAGUGUCAGACACAGAGUCUUGUAUCUACAGGUAUGUUGUGGUGUUUUGUGGUGGCUGUGGUGUGUUGUGGUGUGUUGUGGUGGCUGUGUUGUGGUGUGGUGUGGUGUUCUGUGUUGUGGUGUGGUGUGUUGUGGUGGCUGUGUUGUGGUGUGGUGUGGUGUUCUGUGUUGUGGUGUGUUGUGGUGUUCUGUGUUGUGGUGUGGUGUGGUGUGGUGUGUUGUGGUGUGUUGUGGUGUGGUGUGGUGUUCUGUGUUGUGGUGUGGUGUUCUGUGUUGUGGUGUGUUGUGGUGUGGUGUGGUGUUCUGUGUUGUGGUGUGGUGUUCUGUGUUGUGGUGUGGUGUGGUGUGGUGUUCUGUGUUGUGGUGUGGUGUGGUGGCUGUGGUGUGUUGUGGUGUUCUGUGUUGUGGUGUGGUGUAUUUGUAUUUGUAUUUAUUAUGGAGCCCCAAUAGUUCCUGCCAUGGCAGCAGCUACUCUUCCAGGGGUCCAGCAAAAUUAAGGCAGUUUUAAAAUACAUUACUUUAAGUUCACAACAGAUUUCAAAACACACCAAGUGUGUGCCCUCAGGCCUCUACUCUACUACCACAUAUCUACAACACAAAAUCCAUGUGUACAUGUGUGUAUAGUGCGUAUGUUAUUGUGUGUGUGUGCAUGUGUCUAUGUUUGUGUUGCUUCACAGUCCCCGCUGUUCCAUAAUCCAGAAAAUCACAUUGUAGGAUUUGUUAUGAAUUUAUUUGCAAAUUAUGGUGGAAAAUAAGUAUUUGGUCAAUAACAAAAGUUUCUCAAUACUUUGUUAUAUACCCUUUGUUGGCAAUGACACAGGUCAUUAUAUUCCUGAGUGGCGCAGUGGUCUAAGGCACUGCAUCGCAGUGCUAACUGUGCCACUAGAGAUCCUGGUUCAAAUCCAGGCUCUGUUGCAGCCGGCCGCGACCGGGAGACUCAUGGGCGGUGCACAAUUGGCCCAGCGUCGUCCAGGGUAGGGGAGGGAAUGGCCGGCAGGGAUGUAGCUCAGUUGAUAGAGCAUGGCGUUUGCAACGCCAGGGUUGUGGGUUCGAUUCCCACGGGGGGGCAGUAUAAAAAAAGAUGUAUUCACUAACUGAAAGUCUCUCUGGAUAAGAGCGUCUGCUAAAAUGUGUAAUGUAAAUGUCAAAAGUUUUCUGUAAGUCUUCACAAGGUUUUCACACACUGUUGCUGGUAUUUUGGCCCAUUCCUCCAUGCAGAUCUCCUCUAGAGCUGUGAUGUUUUGGGGCUGUCGCUGGGCAACACAGACUUUCAACUCCCUCCAAAGAUUUUCUAUGGGGUUGAGAUCUGGAGACUGGCUAGGCCACUCCAGGACCUUGAAAUGCUUCUUACGAAGCCACUCCUUCGUUGCCCGGGCGGUGUGUUUGGGAUCAUUGUCAUGCUGAAAGACCCAGCCACGUUUCAUCUUCAAUGCCCUUGCUGAUGGAAGGAGGUUUUCACUAAAAAUCUCACGAUACAUGGCCCCAUUCAUUCUUUCCUUUACACGGAUCAGUCGUCCUGGUCCCUUUGCAGAAAAACAGCCCCAAAGCAUGAUGUUUCCACCCCCCUGCUUCACAGUAGGUAUGGUGUUCUUUGGAUGCAACUCAGCAUUCUUUGUCCUCCAAACACGACGAGUUGAGUUUUUACCAAAAAGUUAUAUUUUGGUUUCAUCUGACCAUAUGACAUUCUCCCAAUCCUCUUCUGGAUCAUCCAAAUGCUCUCUAGCAAACUUCAGACGGGCCUGGACAUGUACUGGCUUAAGCAGGGGGACACGUCUGGCACUGCAGGAUUUGAGUCCCUGGCGGCGUAGUGUGUUACUGAUGGUAGGCUUUGUUACUUUGGUCCCAGCUCUCUGCAGGUCAUUCACUAGGUCCCCCCGUGUGGUUCUGGGAUUUUUGCUCACCGUUCUUGUGAUCAUUUUGACCCCACGGGGUGAGAUCUUGCGUGGAGCCCCAGAUCGAGGGAGAUUAUCAGUGGUCUUGUAUGUCUUCCAUUUCCUAAUAAUAAUAAUAAUAAUAAGCCAUUUAGCAGACGCUUUUAUCCAAAGCGACUUACAGUCAUGCGUGCAUACAUUUUUUUUUUGUGUAUGGGUGGUCCCGGGGCUCGAAACCACUACCUUGGCGUUACAAGCGCCGUGCUCUACCAGCUGAGCUACAGAGGACCACAUAUAAUUGCUCCCACAGUUGAUUUCUUCAAACCAAGCUGCUUACCUAUUGCAGAUUCAGUCUUCCCAGCCUGGUGCAGGUCUACAAUUUUGUUUCUGGUGUCCUUUGACAGCUCUUUGGACUUGGCCAUAGUGGAGUUUGGAGUGUGACUGUUUGAGGUUGUGGACAGGUGUCUUUUAUACUGAUAACAAGUUCAAACAGGUGCCAUUAAUACAGGUAAUGAGUGGAGGACAGAGGAGCCUCUUAAAGAAGAAGUUACAGGUCUGUGAGAGCCAGAAAUUGUGCUUGUUUGUAGGUGACCAAAUACUUAUAUUCCACCAUAAUUUGCAAAUAAAUUCAUUAAAAAUCCUACAAUGUGAUUUUCUGGAUUUUCUUUUCUCAAUUUGUCUGUCAUAGUUGACGUGUACAUAUGAUGAAAAUUACAGGCCUCUCUCAUCUUUUUAAGUGGGAGAACUUGCACAAUUGGUGGCUGACAAAAUACUUUUUUUCCCCACUGUACAUCCCAGGGCCAGCUGUGCUGCCCUGUUUCUGAGCCAAUUGUCCCUAAGUCCCUCUUUGUGGCACCUGACCACACGUCUGAACAGUAGUCCAGGUGCGACAAAACUAGGGCCUGUAGGACCUGCCUUGUUGAUAGUGCUGUUAAGAAGGUAGAGCAGCACUUUAUUAUGGACAUACUUCUCCCCAUCUUAGCUGCUGUUGUAUCAACAUGUUUUGACCAAGACAGUUUACAAUCCAGGGUUACCCCAAGCAGUUUAGUCACCUCAACUUGCUCAAUUUCCACAUUAAUAAAUUACAAGAUUUAGUUGAGGUUUAAGGUUUAGUGAAUGAUUUGUUCCAAAUACAAUGCUUUUAGUUUGUGAAAUAUUUAGGACUAACUUAUUCCGUGCCAUCCAUUCUGAAACUAAAUGCAGCUCUUUGUUAAGUGUUGCAGUCAUUUCAGUUGCUGUAGUAGCUGACGUGUAUAGUGUAGAGUCAUCUGCAUACAUAGACACUCUGGCUUUACUCAAAACCAGUGGCAUGUCAUUAGUAAAGAUUGAAAAAAGUAAGGGGCCUAGACAGCUGCCCUGGGGAAUUCCUGAUUCUACCUGGAUUAUGCUGUAGAGGCUUCCACUAAAGAACACCCCCUGUGUUCUGUUAGACAGGUAACUCUUUAUCCACAAUAUAGACAUUUACAUUUACAUUUUAGUCAUUUAGCAGACGCUCUUAUCCAGAGCGACUUACAGGAGCAAUUAGGGUUAAGUGCCUUGCUCAAGGGCACAUUUACGUCAUUUAGCAGACGCUCUUAUCCAGAGCGACUUACAAAUUGGUGCAUUCACCCUAUAGCCAGUGGGAUAACCACUUUACAAUUAUUAUUAUUAUUAUUAUUAUUAUUUUUUUUUUUUUAUACACUAUAUUAGGCCCAGCCUUUGGAUCUUUGGUUUUCCUAGAUAUGGCUACUAUAUUGUGAUCACUACAUCCGAUGGAUCUGGAUACUGCUUUAGAGCAAAUUUCUGCAGCAUUAGUAAAGAUAUGAUCAAUACAUGUUGAUGAUUUAAUUCCUAUUAAUAAUAAUAAUAUGCCAUUUAGCAGACACUUUUAUCCAAAGUGACUUAGAGUCAUGUGCGCAUACAUUUUUACGCAUGGGUGGUCCCGGGGAUCGAACCCACUACCCUGGCGUUACAAGCACCAUGAUCUACCAAUUGAGCUACAGAGGACCACAUUCCUGUGCUGUUUGUAACUACCCUGGAAGAUGGAUUGAUAAUCUGAACCAGGUUGUAGGCACUAGUUACAGUUUGAAGAUUUUUCUUGAGUGGGCAGCUUGAUGAAAGCCAGUCAAUAUAUAAAUCACCCAGAAAAUAUACCUCUCUGUUGAUAUCACAUACCUUAUCAAGCAUUUCACACAUAUUAUCCAGAUACUGACUGUUAGCACUUGGUGGUCUAUAGCAACUUCCCACCAGAAUGGGCUUUAGGUGAGAUAGAUUAACCUGUAGCUAUAUUACUUCAACAGUAUUUAGCAUGAGAUCCUCUCUAAGCUUUACAGGAAUGUGGUUCUGAAUAUAAAAAGCAACACCUCCACCAUUGGCAUUUCUGUCUUUUCUGUAGAUGUUAUAACCCUGUAUUGCUACCACUGUAUCAUCAAAUGUAUUAUCUAACUGAGUUUCAGAGAUAGUCAGAAUAUGAAUGUCAUCUGUUAUUAGCAAGUUAGUAAUUUCAUGAACCUUGUUUCUUAAUCUACAUAUGUUAACAUGGGCUAUUUUGAGCACUUUUCUGGGAUGCUUGAUUGUUUUCAUUGCUUUACUGGGAAGCUUAGCAGCAGUAGAUAUGCUCAUGUUAUUUAUGUUAGUGCAGGAUGAGCUGCACACAGUGGACUUCCUCCUCGGGCACACCGCCUCAGUGCUAACAGUAUAACUCUGGUUCAUAGGCAUAUGAUUACUGCAUACAAUAGCUGUAGGAUCAACAGAGGCAUUCAGGGCAGUUAGAGGGACAUAAAUUAGGUUCCUUACAUUGUGUCUACCAACGCCCCUGGUGUAAUGUACAUUUUCUGAAGCAUUAUGACAACUCAGCGACACAAUGGUAGGGAUUAUCUGAGCUGGGCUUGGGUCAUUGAUGUGCUUUGUUGUGCUGUGUUGCUGUGUUGUGUUGUUGUUUUGGUGUGUUGUGGUGUGUUGUGGUGUGUUGUGGUGUGUUGUGGUGUGUUGUGGUGUGUUGUGGUGUGUUGUGGUGUGUUGUUGUCGUGUUGUGGUGUGUUGUGGUGUGUUGUGGUGUGUUGUGGUGUGUUGUGGUGUGUUGUGGUGUGUUGUGGUGUGUUGUGGUGUGUGUGUUGUGGUGUGUUGUGGUGUGUUGUGGUGUGUUGUUGUGUUGUUGUGUGUUGUGGUGUGUUGUGGUGUGUUGUGGUGUGUUGUGGUGUGUUGUGGUGUGUUGUGGUGUGUUGUGGUGUGGUAUGUCAUGUUAUGUUACUGUGUGGACUCCCACUGGGACGUCAAUUCAACGUCUAUUCCACAUUGGUCCAAUGUUUAUUCAAGCAGUGUGCGCCCAGUGGGCUGUGUCACAAUUUGAAUAUUGAAUACUGAAUACUGAAAUGAAUACUGGGACUGAGACAGAUCAACAUAGAGAAACGAAGACACUGUGUUCUAUGUUUCGUGAAAACAUAUUGAUGAUUCUGCUGCUGAUGCAAUAAAAGAUGUAAAAGGAGUUAGCUGCUAUUUACUGCUAUUAAUACAGGACCACCCUGGCUGACCCUGAGAAGCAGCUGAACGUGUCCAUGGCCCUGAGAGACCAGGAGCUCCUCUUCAGAUGCCUCAAGAUGAAGACCGUCUUCCCUGAGCUGAUGGAGAAGGUAAUACUGUGUCUAUGUACAUGUUUUUGUUAAUAGUUUAGUAAAGUUUUCUAGCUUUGUUGUCUUCUUUCUGAAGGUGGAAGAAGAACCUGCUCAGAAAGAGAUAGAUAUAGGGGUCACCAGCUCUGCAGGUGAAGGUCGUAGUUCAUUAGACCCCAGUGAAGCAAUGGAGGAUGGUGAUAAUGGUUAUGGAGAUAGUUUGGAGCUGGAGCUGGAGCUGCAGAAGGAACUGAGUCAGGAGGAGGCCUUGGCCAAGAACAAGGACGUGGCUACUCUCCAGAACUACAGCUCCAACGAGGCCAUGUUCAGAAAGGAGAUGAAAGGAUGCGAACAAACCAUUAAAAACACGGAAAAUAAGCUGAAUCCCAGUGAAGAAGAGAAAGCAAAUGGUCAUAGAGAGACAGAAGGAACACCCAGCUUAUCAAAUGGUCAUAGAGAGAUGGAUGGGGAUGGAUCAUCCAAGGAGUGCCAGGAGAAUGGAGCCACCGCAAGUGCUGUGGAUGUCACCAGGUCUGGCCUUGCACCGUGGCAGGACGGGGUCAUGGAGAGACUGCGUAGAGAGGUCCCCAUUGCAGACUACAACAUGUAUCUGGUCCACCAUGGAGCUAUGCUGAUCAACUUUGGUCAGCUUGAUGCCUGCACCCCGAGGGACAAGGACUUUGUUUACGGAAAGCUGGAGCCCAUCGAGGUUCAAACUGUCAGAACGUUCAACGUUCCCUCGAGCUACCGGCCGAAACGGAUUCACACGAACGACCCUUGGUCACCGAUGGUCAACCAAAGUGUUGACACGUCAGAUCUAGGCGUGUCCGUAGAAGAUCUUCCGAAGUGUGAUGAAGUCAAUGCAACUUUGUUGUGCUUCUUGGAGAAAGAGCUAAAGGGCCACAACAUCUCAGAGGGUGGAGGAGCAGACGGCCUCUAUGUAGACGUCGGAACACAGACUUACAACUUUCCAUCUGAUCCGUUCAAACCUGAAGCCUCGCUGGCGGACAUCAUCACAGACCAACACAAAGGCCUCUAUGUCCAGAUCCAAACUGAGGACAUCACCAGAAGACACAACUUUACCAACUCUGCCUUUAGUUACCUCUGUGGCCACGUCUUCCGCCGCGACGAGUACCACACUCACUUCGAGAACGUGCACUUGGACAUCCAGUCCUGCCUGAACGGCUGGUUCGAGCAGCGCUGCCCUCUAGCGUACCUGGGCUGCAAUUACAGCCAGAGGAGGUUCCAUCCAGCAGGUCAGAGAGCCACGGUCAUCUACCGCCAGGAUCUCAGCACCUUAACCCUUAAACCAGAUUGCCACUUGAUACUGUCCGACUCUGAGAAGACCAUCACCUCUGACAGGAAGCAUCCCCGUAAGCUAGACCCGUUGAGCAGACUUCCCUUUGAGAUCCUCCAGCACCUGGCAGGGUUCCUGGACAGCUUUAGCCUGUCCCAGCUGUCCCAGGUGUCCCAGCUGAUGAGGGAGGUGUGUGUCACACUGCUAAAGGAGAGGGGGAUGGUCUAUCUGAAAUGGGAGAAGAAGACCUACUCCCAUGGAGGGUCUUCAUGGAAAUGUAGAAAAAAGGUGAGUAUUUUGCUGUUUCUUUUGUUUACUAUAAGAUACUAUUGUUGUGUUAUUACAUUGUUUGUCUUAUACUGUCUGGUAUAGAGUCCAUGGUCAUUGAAUGUAAAUGAAACACAAACAGAAAGUGUCUUAAUAGAGUGCGGGGCCACUACGUGCCAGAAUGCACCUUGGCAUGGAUUCUACAAGUGUCUAAAAUUCUAUUGGAGGGAUGCAGCACCAUUCUUCCACCAGAAAUUCUAUCAUUUGGUGUUUUGUUGAUGGCGGUGGAAAACGCUGCUCUCAGGCGCUGCUACAGAAUCUCCCGUAAAUGUUCACACACACACACGCUCGCACGCACACACGCACACACAUGCACACACACACGCACGCACGCACGCACGCACGCACACACACACACACACACACACACACACACACACACACACACACACACACACACACACACACACACACACACACACACACACUAUCCCCAUAUUCUCCUUUGAGACCCCUCUUUCAAAGUCACUGAUAGCCAUGGUAGCCAAAAUAAUGGGCAUCUGGGCAUUUUUAUACAUGACCCUAAGCAUGAUGGGAUAUUAAUUGCUUAAUUAACUCAGGAAUCACACCUGUGCAGAAGCACCUGGUUUCAAUAUACUUUGUAUCCCUCAUUUACUCAAAUGUAUCCUUUGUUUUGGCAGUUACCUGUCUAUACCGUAUGUAUAUAUAUAUAUAUAUAUACAUAUAUAUAUAUAUAUAUAUAUAUAUAUAUAUAUAUAUAUAUAUAUAUAUAUAUAUAUAUAUAUAUAUAUAUAUAUAUAUAUAUAUAAAUCAGUAAGAUACAUACAUACAGGACCAGUGAAUGUUGGCCUAUUGGUCCUACCAUGGACUUUCAAUGGAAAGUGAAAGGCAGAAUGAACAUGUGUUUGGUUAUAAACAUGUCACUGGUUCUAAACAAAGCCAAAGGUUCACACGUACUCUCUUGUUGUUUGGUCCCACCAUAUGAUUUAGUGCUGUCUUCUGACCCACCAGGUGGAUGGGUCCGAUCAGUCACUGUGGGAUAGCAUAGUUACCAGGUCACCCUAAUAUGGCUGCCCAGUCCUAUAUGGCAUCCAGCCAAAUUCUCUACAUCUCUUCUGGACAGAAAAAUGGUUCCAGCCUAGUCCUAGUUUGCGUCCCAAUCGCACCCUAUUUCCUAUAACGUGAACUACUGGUCAAAAGUAGUGCACUGUGUAGGUAAUAGGGUACCGUUUGGGACACAGACUAAAUCUCUCCUGGAAAGAAAGAUGGUUACAGCCUUGUCCUAGGCUGUCGCAACUGGCACCCUAUUCCCUAUAUAGAGCUAUAGGUCCUGGUCAAAGUAGUGCACUAUGUAGGGAAUAGGGUGCCGUUUGGGAUGCAUUUCUAGUCCUAUGACAGCUGUUGCAUUGUAAAGAGCCCACUGACUACUCCCUGUAUUCCUCUCUGACACGAUUAUGAGUUGAAUUACCCAUCCCAGUGUUUGGCACCAGCCAAUCCGAGAGAGAGAGCCUGUCUGUGUGGCCACGGGAACAGCCAAUCAGAGAGAGAAAGCCUGUCUGUGUGGCCACGGGAACAGCCAAUCAGAGAGAGAGAGAGCCUGUCUGUAUUGCCACGGGAACAGCCAAUCAGAGAGAGAGAGCCUGUCUGUGUGGCCACGGGAACAGCCAAUCAGAGAGAGAGAGAGCCUGUCUGUGUGGCCACGGGAACAGCCAAUCAGAGAGAGAAAGCCUGUCUGUGUGGCCACGGGAACAGCCAAUCAGAGAGAGAGAGAGCCUGUCUGUGUGGCCACGGGAACAGCCAAUCAGAGAGAGAGAGAGCCUGUCUGUGUGGCCACGGGAACAGCCAAUCAGAGAGAGAGAGCCUGUCUGUGUGGCCACGGGAACAGCCAAUCAGAGAGAGAGAGAGCCUGUCUGUGUGGCCACAGGACAAAGGGCAUGCCAAUGAUAUCAGCGGUCUGGAACGCCACCAGGCCCUUGUUCCCAGUCAGCUCUGCCACACUAACCACUCAGUUAUCUCAUAAUGGGCUCCAGCCCAAAUGGUACCCUAGUCCCUUUGUAGUGCAUUUCUUUUGACCAAGGCCUGUAGGGAAUAGCAUGCCAUCUGGGAUAGAGACACACAGAGGUUUUCUGAACCAUGGAGCCAGAGGUUAUAGAGUUAGAGGUGUUACUGGACAGAUGACAUUAUAUCGAUCUAGCCGGCUAUUGAGAAGAGGAGAGAGAGAGAAAGAGAGACCUAGCAAAGAAAUCGAGCGCGGAGAGAGUAGGAGAAUAAGUAGCAGAGAGAGAGAGAGAGAGGAGAGAGAGAGAGAGAGAGGAGAGAGAGAGAGAGAGAGAGAGAGAGAGAGAGAGAAAGAGUAGAGAGAGAGCGAGAGAGAGAGAGAGAGAUGAGGAGAGAGAGAGAGAAGAUCGAGAGAGAGCGAAGUAAGAUAUAUUAUCAGAUCUCGUAUAAGCUAUCUCCUAGAGAGAUCAUAUCUAUGAAUAUAGAUCUCUCUCUCGCGUAUUCCUCUCUUCGCUCUCUUCUAUAUGCUCUCUCUAUCGCUUGAUCUCUCUCGCUCUCUCUCUGCAGUAUCUGAGUAGGCUCUGUCUCUCUCUCGCUCUAGCUCUCUCGCUCUCUUUCUCUCUCUCUCUCUCUCUCUCUCCCUCUCUCUCUCUCUCUCUCUCUCUCCUCUCUCUCUCUCUCUCUCUCUCUCUCUCUCUCUCUUCUUCUCUUUCUCUCUGUCGCUUUGGUUUCCUAAGGUGUGGGAGUUUAGCAGUCUGUUUUCCAAGGUGGACAGGUGGUGCUUUGACGAUGUCCCCUCCAUGUCUGAGCACCUGAAGGUCUGCCCUUUCUACCAGAGAGAGGAGCUCAGUAAGCCUGUAAAGCUAGCCGGUAUGGAGGGGUCCAGAGAGAGACCCCAGCGCCAGAGUCUACUGGACCUGCUCCAGGACCCAUAA